AACAAGUUGCUUCCUUCCAUCGCUCGUUUUCACUAUAAAAAAAGCAUCUUCAAAAUUGAUAUACAGACUUGAGAGUGAAAAGCAGAGAAGUAGCAAAAGCGAAAGAGUGUGUGGAAUUAGGUCAUUCUCUUCUUCCUCUACCAACAUGAGUACCAUGAAAUUUUGCCGCGAAUGCAACAACAUUCUAUAUCCUAAAGAAGACAGAGAAGCAAAAAUACUUCUCUAUGCUUGCCGCAAUUGCGAUCACCAGGAAAAUGCUGAUAACUUCUGUGUGUAUAGAAAUGAGAUUCAUCACUCUGUUGGAGAGCGCACUCAAGUGUUGCAGGAUGUAGCUGCAGAUCCAACUCUUCCUCGUACCAAGGCUGUUCGUUGCGUUCAGUGCAACCACGGUGAAGCUGUGUUUUUUCAGGCAACUGCCAGAGGGGAGGAAGGAAUGACGCUAUUCUUUGUUUGCUGCAACCCAAAUUGUGGACACCGAUGGAGAGACUGAGGUUCGUGUCUCUGCUUAAAUCAAGGUUUAACUGUUGGUGAAGUCUAACAUAGUUUGUAGUUAUAUGAAAACCUGGCAUGUGUGCUACCUGUUUUAACAGUAGUUGUUAAUCAAAUGAUUAAUGGACAAAUCCCUGUGGGUGUGUGUUGAUAAAUUUUAUGGAUGACCCUGAAUUUUUUUGGCUUGUUAAAAGGAAAAGGAGGGGAUUGAGAAAUCAAGAAUCAAAAUACCAUUGUCA